AUGGCAUACGAGGCAGAGUCUCUUGUUCAACUUCCAGGAGUUCUCGGGAAUUGUCCCUUGGUACAGCCACCUCAGUGGGGCGCGGUGAGAGAGAGGGUCCUUAAAGAUGGCACUCUGCAGACCGUAUACUCGUGUGAACCAAGCCGUAGAUUGAAGGGCCAUAAAAUACUGACUUGCACCGUCGACGGUUGGAAUCAUCCUAUCCCGAAAUGCGUCCCUUAUGACAAUAGAUUUCAAUACUCUCGGAAGGACCUUUAUCAAGGCGAUGACCCAAUCUCGACAUCACCGUCGCCGGAAAAGGUGGCGAAGGAUCGGCUGAAGGCUCGUAAAAGAAUCGGCGAAUUGAAGAAACGCAGAAAAGCAAAGGAAAAACGGCGAAAACAAAUUGCUGAGAAAUCUUUGUCCGAGUCGCCCCCAGCAGCAUCAGCUUUCGUCGCCUUAAAUGAAACAAUAAUGUCGCGGUUGGAUUUGAGCUGCUUCAUGAAAGCUCGCAAGAAGGGAUUUGCGAAAGCCCCUCAGAUCGAGCACGCAUAUCCUGCCAAAUAUGCUAGGAGGAAAAAUGUACUCCCCCCAUACAAUCGAUAUCUGGUUGCAAUAUACGAGUGUACGGAGGAUUUCAUUUUCGAAGACUCAAUGGCGGAUCGGCUCUUCUGCAGCGAUGCCACUUGGUUGGGCGUUCUUCCGCGUUGCAUAAAGGAAGGGGAAUCGACACUCAAUAAUGUGAAGCGUUGCAGUCAAGAGAAAGGAGGGUGCCAGCACAUCUGCGAGAACACUGACACAGGUGUCAAAUGCACGUGUUUUGAUGGAUUUCGCGUCAAAGGAUAUUCCUGUAUAGAUAUUGAUGAAUGUGCAGAAGGUGUAGCUGAUUGUUCUCAAAUUUGUCAUAACGAACCUGGGAACUUUCGCUGUGAAUGUCAUUCUGGUUUUCAGUUAGGAACUGAUAAUAAAUCUUGUCACGACGUUAAUGAGUGCCUUUCGAAUAAUGGGCACGGACCGUGCCAAGGCACUUGUAUCAAUCUCGAAGGAAGCUACGAGUGCAGCUGUUCCGAUAUUCCCGGUCACAAAUUGGCGGUGGAUAAUCACACCUGCGAAGAUAUCGACGAGUGUGCUACGAACAACGGAGGAUGUUCUCAUGUUUGUUUGAAUACGCUUGGGAGUGCAUUCUGCCUCUGCCCUGAUGGUUUUUAUUUAAAAAAUGACUGGAAAACCUGUGACGAUGUGAAUGAAUGUGAAAACGCGUCGAAGGUUUGUACGAAUAAUACCGAGUGCGAGAAUACCAUUGGCUCGUAUAAAUGUGUCAGCAAGCCGCAGAAAAUGACGAAAGUUCUUCAAGAUGAAGAUUACGAUGCUGAGGAUGACGAAGACAAUGACGAUUACGACGAGGGAGGCAUCACUGAAAUACCAGAAUUAGGAAAGUGCGAGGAGGGCUAUAAGAAGGACAAAAAUGGCGAAUGCAUUGAUAUUGACGAGUGUGUCGAAGGUGACGAAGGCGAGCCCCACGGUUGCCAGCACGAAUGCAUAAACGAGCCCGGCGGUUAUUAUUGCACGUGUCAUUCCGGGUUCGAGCUUCACGAGGACGGUGUGUCCUGCAACGACAUUGACGAGUGUAAGAAGACACCGCCGCCAUGCUCUCACGGUUGCUCGAACACAGAAGGUUCGUACGCCUGCACCUGUCCCCCGGGACACAGUUUGAAAGCGGAUAACAUCAGUUGCGCUCAAACGAGAACAUGCGAGACACUGAUAACACCUUGCUCUCACGAGUGUCAGGAGUCAAAGACAGGGCCUAGAUGCAUAUGUCCUCCGGGAUAUCAGCUCCUAGGGGAUGGCACUACCUGUUCAGACGUGGAUGAGUGUGCUUUAGGGUUGUGCUCUCAUUCUUGCGACAACUUAGAAGGUAGCUUUCGAUGCCUUUGUCCAAGCGGUCUCCAAAUCUACGAAGACGACAAUGUAACUUGCUCGGAUGUCGACGAAUGCGCAGAAAAUUCCCACAAUUGCGAACAGGAGUGCGCGAACGUCUAUGGUAGCUAUCUAUGCAACUGUCGAGAUGGAUUCUUCUUGCACGAUGACGGGAAAACGUGUUCCGAUGUGGAUGAGUGUUUGAACAACGAACACAAGUGUUCUCACGCUUGUUUGAAUACCCCUGGGAGCUACAAUUGUUCGUGCCCCGAAGGAUACCAGCACUCGGGAGACAGUUACACUUGUAAAGAUAUAGACGAGUGUGUUAAAAGCGAACACAAUUGUUCCCACGAAUGCGUGAACGAGGAAGGAGGCUACAGGUGUGCGUGUCCCACCGGUUUCGUUCUAGGAAACGAUUUGAAAGCGUGCGUGGACAUUAACGAGUGUUUGGAGGGAACUCACCAAUGUAGCCAUGAGUGCGUGAACCUACUAGGAUCCUACACCUGCACCUGUCCCACAGGAAUGUCUCUGUCGGAUGAGAAACUAUGCGUUGCCAUCGACCUUUGCAAUUUCGCCAAUUGCUCCCAUAUUUGUGACAGGAUACACGAUACUUACAAGUGCAGUUGUCCCGAUGGCUAUAUCCUCCAAGAUGAUGGCAAAACUUGCAAAGAUUUCGACGAGUGCGCUGAAGAUGAACACGAUUGCUCCCAUGAGUGCGUCAACACUCCAGGAAGCUACAAGUGUGUUUGCCCUGAGGGUUUGAAACUCUUCGAGGAUGGUUUGACGUGCAACGAUGUUUCGUGUGCAAAAGGACUUCGGCAAGAUGAAGAUGGUAACUGCCAGGAUAUCGACGAAUGUCUGAUAGGUGACCACGACUGCUCGCACAUUUGCAUUAACGAGUUUGGCUCGUAUCGUUGCUCUUGUCCUUCGAACUGGAUUCUAGCUGGAGAUGGAAUUACAUGCACGAUCGUAGAGUCUCCUGAUCCUUGUGUAAACUCCAGCUGUCUUCACUUAUGUGUCCCCAAUGGCUCAGACAGGUAUCAGUGCGAGUGUUAUUCUGGAUACAAAUUAGGUCAAGAUAAUUCAACUUGCGAGGACAUUGACGAGUGUCAGGAACAUUCGAAUAAUUGUCAAUUCCUAUGCAAAAAUGUGGAAGGUUCUUAUUCUUGCGAAUGCCCCGAAGGAUAUCAAUUAGCGAAGGAUAAUCGAAGCUGCGAAGAUAUCGAUGAAUGCGCUGAUGGACGCCACGAUUGUCUGCACAAUUGUACAAAUCUCGAAGGAAGCUACGACUGCUCUUGCCCUUCUGGAUACGUAUUUUCUAAGGAAGAACGAGUAUGUGUCGAUAUAGACGAGUGUCAGGAUGGUCGACGCAAACACAAUUGUUCUCACGAAUGUGUGAACGUCGUAGGUGGCUAUAAUUGCAGUUGUCCUGUAGGAUGGAAUCUUCUCGAGGAUUCGAGGAACUGUAGAAUAUUCAGUGAGUUGAAUUGUUCCCAUACUUAUGAACAGAAUGAGGAAGAUAUCCGUUGCGGGUGUCCCGAAGGAUUCCAACUAGGAAGAGACGAAAGGACUUGCGAGUAUAUAGACAAAUGUGCUGAAGAGUUGAACUUCUGUAGCCAUUUCUGCGUGAAUAUUAAUGGAUCUUACCAGUGCGAGUGUCCUUCAGGAUUCGAAUUACAGGAAGAUAAAAAAACUUGUGAAGACAUUGACGAGUGUGUGGAAGAUAUUAAUAACUGUUCCGAAGGCUGUGUAAAUACCGAAGGCAGCUAUUUCUGCACGUGUCCAGCCGGGUACGAAUUAAACGACGACAGAGAAACCUGUCAAGACAUUAACGAGUGUACUGACAGUUCCCACAAUUGUUCUCAUCGAUGUGAAAAUUUUCAUGGGGGUUAUAGUUGCUCCUGUCCCGAGAAUCUGAUUCUUGAAUACGACAAUAAAACUUGUGUUGAGAAACAAUUGUGCGAUCAACGGAAUAAUUGCAGUCAUCUGUGCAUCGAUAUGCCUGGCGGAUACAAAUGUAAAUGUCCAGCAGGAAUGAAAUUAAACUCUGAUGGUCAGACAUGUGAAGAAAUUGAUUUUUGCACGGGAAUACACAAUUGCUCUCACGAGUGUGUUAGUGAAUUAGAAGGUUUCCGGUGUGAAUGUCCAAUGGGAUAUGUUCUGUUUAAGGAUAACAAAACUUGCGAGGACAGAAAUGAAUGCAAAGAUAUGGAAAGUAAGUCAAAUUGCUCCCAUUCUUGUAAGAAUACGGUUGGCAGUUUCGAGUGCGAAUGUUCUAUUGGCCAUCGACUAGCCGAGGAUCGCAGGACCUGUGAAGACAUCAACGAGUGCAUCGAAGACAAUGGCGGCUGUUCCCAUCUUUGCGCUAACACAGAAGGCAGCUUCGAAUGUGCCUGUCCUGAUAAUUACAAAUUAUUAGAGGACGAUGGGAAAACUUGCGUAGAAAUUGACGAAUGUCUGAUCGACAAUGGCGGGUGCUCUCACUUGUGCCAUUACGAAAACGGCACUGUAUCGUGUUUCUGUCCGCCAGAUAUGCUUCUCGACGACGAUAAUGUCACCUGUAUCGAAGAAAACAAGUGUUACGAAGAUAAGUGUUACAUCGAAAAUGGUGGCUGUUCCCAUUUAUGCGAGUACCACAAUGGGAAAGUGUCCUGCACUUGUCCACCUGAAAUGAACUUAUCCGAAAAUGGUACCACUUGUGUAGAAAAAAAUGAAUGUCUUCUGGGCAAUGGCGGAUGUUCUCACCACUGCAAUUACGAAGAGGGAAAAACGUUCUGUUCGUGUCCAUCAGGAAUGACAAUAUCAGAUGAUAGAAAAGAUUGCAUCUAUGAGAAUAAGUGUCUUGUAAACAAUGGUGGCUGCUCGGACAUUUGCGUCUUUAAUGAUGGCUCUAUCACUUGUGAGUGCCCUUCAGGAUUCCAGUUAUCCGUUGAUAAUGCCACGUGUGUCGAUAUCGAUGAAUGUUUAAGUGUGAAAGACAACUGUACGCACAAGUGUAUAAAUGUUCCAGGCGGGUUCCAGUGUGCAUGUAACGAAGGAUUCAAAAUUAAUCCUUUAGAGCCUGAGUUCUGCGAUGAUGUAGACGAAUGCGAAGAUAAUAACGGAGGAUGUUCACACACUUGUUUGAACCUUUUAGGAUCAUUCAGUUGCUCUUGCCCAUCAGGAUACGUUCUUGGCAACAAUAAUAAAACUUGUAAAUUGACUGAUGGCUGUAAACAGAACAAUGGGAACUGUUCCCAUCACUGUCGCUAUGAAGAAGACACUACUCAUUGCUCCUGUCCAUUAGGGUUCAGGUUAAAACAAGAUCAAAAGACGUGCGAAGACAUUGAUGAAUGCGAGGAAUUUGAAAAUGAUGUGGACCUAGGAUGUUCACACAUUUGUAAAAAUACUAAUGGUUCUUACUACUGCGAGUGUCCUGCAGGCUACAUCCUCUUGCCUGAUGAUAAAAAAAGCUGCACCGAUCUGAACGAGUGUCUGAACUCCCAGCACAAUUGCAGCCACGACUGUUUGAACCUACUGGGAAGUUAUGUGUGCACCUGCUACGAAGGACAUUACCUGUACUCCGACAAGUCCACUUGCCUGGACAUCGAUGAAUGUUUGGAAGAGAAUGGUGAUUGCUCGCAUCAGUGUACCAACACUAUUGGCGGUCACUUCUGUUCCUGCCCUACUGGAUUCGAGCUAUCGCAGGACGAAAAGACUUGCGUCGAUAUAGAUGAGUGUGAAACCGGUGUCUCUGAGUGUUCCCACGAAUGCGUUAACGUUUUAGGAUCGUUCAGAUGUACUUGUCCCGAGGGUUACGUUGUAGCUAACGAUUCCAAGAGCUGCGUGGACAUAGACGAGUGUCAAACGAACAAUGGCGGCUGCUCGCACGCCUGUUUCAACGUGAUAGGUGGUGUUAAGUGUAGUUGUCCUGUUGGGCUGCGUUUGGACGAGACGGAGAAAACUUGCAACGAUGUAGACGAGUGUUUAACUGAAAAUGGAGGCUGCUCGGACAUCUGUGUUAAUUUAGAAGGCAGUUUCGUUUGUCGUUGUACGAACGGGUUUCAUUUGAAUGUGGAUUCCAAAACUUGUCAAGACAUCAAUGAAUGUGAAAUGGAAAACGGUGGUUGUUCAGAUGUUUGUGUUAACGUUGAUGGUAGUUAUCACUGUGAGUGUCCGGGUGGAUAUCGCUUGAAGGAGGAUAAAAAGUCGUGUCUGGAUAUCGACGAGUGUCAGGAGAACAAUGGCGGUUGCUCCCAUGUUUGUGUCAAUGAGCAAGGAUCGCACAAGUGUGAGUGUCCUGUUGGGUAUCGAUUAGAGAAUAGUUCUUGUCGUAUUGUCGAUCCCUGUGAAGGUAAUAAUGGUGGCUGCGAGCAAGUUUGCAAAGUGGAGAGUAAUUUGACAGUUUGCAGCUGUAGAGAAGGGUUUCAGAUUGAUAAUACUGAUCCUAAGAAGUGUGCAGAUAUCGACGAAUGCAUUGGGCAUCAUGGCUGUGAGCAGGACUGUGUGAAUACUGUUGGCUCCUUUGAGUGCAGGUGCAAGGAAGGAUUCGAGAUGCAGAAUUCUACGUGCAUAGACAUUAAUGAAUGCGCAAGUAGCCCCUGCCAGGAGACUAAAUGCAUUAAUACUUACGGCAGCUAUCGAUGCGAUUGUGAAGCUGGAUACCGGUUGGAUGGAGAGAUUUGUGUAGAUAUAAAUGAAUGCGAGUGGAGCAACGGCAGAUGCGAACAGGAUUGCAUAAAUACAAUGGGAUCUUACAUGUGUGCUUGCCGUAGUGGAUUCGUGUUGAGUCAAAGAAACAGAAGCCAGUGCCAGGAUAUAAACGAGUGCUUGAACCGUAACGGGGACUGCAACGGUGAAUGUAUUAACACAGUCGGAAGUUACUACUGUACGUGCAGCGAAGACUUGGUGUUGGCUUCCGACGAGAGAACUUGCGUUUCACCGGAAUUGAGAUGUCGUGCUAUGGAACCGCCGCUCCACGCUGAAAUCAGAUGUCCCGGUCAUUCUUCUGGGGCAGUGGAUUAUCCUGUCGGAGCCAGAUGUCAUAUACGAUGCCGAAGGGGUUUUAGGUUGGAAGGACCGCACACGAGGUAUUGCAUGGCCGGUAACCGAUGGAACGGCAAGGAACCUACUUGUAUCCGAGAAUCGAUCGCAACCGAUUCCCAUUAUCAUUCCGACACACCGCGGCCGUUCGUGAGGUGCCCCCGAGACAUAGAUGUGGAGCUACCUGACAGGCAAAACACGAUACGCGUCUCAUUUCCGCAACCAAAGUCCAACAUGAACUGGUGGAGAUACGUAGAUGCAUCGCCAUCUUGGGCUAAACAGUUACAAGCAGAUUUGCCAGCGGGCACAACGAUUGUCACCUUCACAGCUUGGUCACCUGUAUCGAAUUACACCAGUACGUGUCGGAUUGUGAUACGAGUACGAGACACCGAGAAUCCGAAAGUUUCGACGUGUCCGACGUCCUUUGAAGUGCGUCUAAGCCCCGGCGAACGAAAUCGCUUAAUAUUCUGGCAGGAGCCAACGUUCACCGACAACGUCGGCGUCGAGCGGGUCUACAAAACGAGGGAACCCGGACAACUGAUGUACCCCGGCAUUCACAACGUACGCUACAUCGCUUCCGAUGCAGCCGGAAAUCGAGCCGAAUGCCAUUUCUCGAUACACGUGCGAGAAUCCGAGCAUCGUCGGGAUUCCGAGGCGCGAUAUUACAGAAGAAGGAUACUGAUGUGUCCCGGUAGACCACCACAGCCGAUACCAUCCACCGUUUACGCAUUGCAGAUACCGAGUGGAUGCUAUCUCAGAUACACGAGGAUCUUCUCCGGAGCGUACGCACUUCAAAAUUAUCGGGGGCAGAGGCAGAACGGGUACCAAGACGUGAGAGCGGCUUAUCACGAAGUUCAUCCAAUUCAUGGAAGCCAAGGACAUCUCCCGCUACCUAGCCUAUAUCCUCCUAGUGACUAUCGGCCACCAAGACAGUACGAAUUGCAGCAACAGCAGCAGCAGCAGCAACAACAACAACAACAGCAACAACAACAGCAACAGCAACGCCCGACGAAGACUGAUCGUGUAGCAACGCCAACAACUCGUUACAAUCGGGGCCAUGUCUUGACUAGAAUAUUGCCACGGCGUAAAUGUUGCGUGUAAAGGAUCGACCCGACUGUUCCCAGCGAAGCCGCAAUAACCGAAAGUAAUUUAACUGUCGAAGAAAGGUUGGUCUGCGGCUCGCGCAUAAAUUAUGUCAAGGGUUCCCCGCAUAUAGGGGUGGCUGCAGCGGAGGUGGGAGCGGCGAAGGCGUUACCAGUUCGUUCCUCGCUUUAAUUAAGUCUAAUUAAAGCCGAUCGAUUUCACACGAUGGACAAGAAUCGUUUUUUCUUGAUCGAUCGGGUUUACGGAAUCGAAGAUCCUGCGAUAUGCUUCUUCUACCAUUGAACGAAUGCCGCUGAUGGAUAGUGAUCUUUGCCUUUUAAACCAUUCGAGACCAAUUAUACAGCAGGUAUGCGAUAAUGGUGUGUGCCAAUAAAAAGACCAAUCACACGUGAAUAAAAUAGAAAUCGAAGGUGUUUAAAGACUUUGUUUUUUAAUAUCUUCAAUGCACUUUACAAUUUGCAUGGACGAGACGUUCGGUAAAUUGUCUUAUCAAUGUGUAUGGAUAUAUCAUGUAGAUGUUUCCUCGACAGGAUGCACCUGUAUGCAGUCGCUUUUUAUGGUGUGGAGACAAGAUUAUUUGGAUGUUUGCAUCUUGAAAGUUGUAUUGGUUUCAAGCUGAGACCUUAAAGCGGAUUUUGAUGAGACAACGGAAGCUUUUUAUAAAUUUAAUGUAAAUUGAAAAAAUGUUUUGGUCCAUGGAGAUUGUCUUUUAAAGAAACCCUGGUCUCGAAUGGAUUAAGGAGUUACAGACUUUUAGAAACGACGGAAGUUACGUUAUUUUGAGAAUUUCUUUAGUGCGUGAAGUUGUAUAAAAGUAAUUAUUAUCAUUUGAGGUCGUAUUGUUUUGAAAUAUCGAGGAAUAUCUACGAGAAACGUUAAUUACUUUCAUAAAAAUUGAUAAAUCACAGGCAAUAGAAGAUCGUAUUAAAUUCUAUUAAACUUUCUAUUGCAUCUUUAAAGCUUUUAUUCGUUACGGAUACAUAAAAAUUCGCAGUGUCAUUACAUAUUUUUUUACGGGUAUUUAUUUUCAUUAAUUAUCUGGGAAAAAUGUUUCAGCAAAACCGAAGCUACAUAAGUUUAAUUGCAUCAAAAGGAACUUUAAAGGAAAUUGCUUUAAAAAUUCUCAACGCAGGUACUUCUGUCUUAUUAAAAGUUAUAUUCCUGGCCUACUUCUCCAAGUGAAACACUCACGGUUUAAUUAAGAAAACCGGGAAGCUUAAUUUCUAUAUUUGUAGCUCUCAGUGAUCGGAACUUGUUUCUACUUUUCCAAAGAUCUUAAAAUCAUUAGCACUUUACAAUUUGUACGCCUCAAUACUUUCUUUUCCAGUAUAUGAAUUUAAUAAUAUAUCAACGAAAUGUUCUUUCCCUACUUCUCGAAAUCUCAUCAUAUAAAUAGAUAUUUCAGAAUAUAAUGGUUUUUUUAUACAUCUAUUCUGUCGAAUUUUAUAUAUAAACAAAGUUUACGUGCUGUAAAAUAUUGAAAACAGUUGAUCUGAAAUUUAUUAUUAAAAAGAUUUUGGGGGAGGUGUAUUCUUUAACCACGAAAAUGUCCAAGCUCUUCGCUGUUUUACAAAAGAAAGAUAAAUAAAUCAAAAAAGAGGUAGAGUUUGCUGUGAUCGUUUUUUUCUAUUAUCAUGUUCAUGAUAUAAUAUUUUAAAAACAGUUUUAAAUUCCUGAUAAAUGAUUUCUUAGAUACUGGGAAAACUAUUUUUAUUACCUAAGUUAUUAGUUCUUCUUCGUAUUAUUAGGAUCUGCUGAAUUCCUCAAUAUAUUAUUAACCUCUGUUUAUUUAAUAUGUCUUUUUAGCACACAUGGAAAUUAUAAUCAUAUUGCUAAAGCACACUCUCAUGAGUCUCUUCAAUUUUAAUUGAGAACGUUUCAGAGAUAGUAAAAUAAAAAACAGUAUGCCAACACACUAUUUAUAUUUCUCGUAUAUACAUUAUGUAUGUGAUAUAAUUUCUUCUAUAUUCAAUUAAAACGAAGGUGAAACGUUAUACAUUCCAUUACAUGACAUUAAAUAAUAUCUAUAAACAAUGGAGCUUUAUUGAUAAUAUGUGCUCGGUGACUGAUGAGAGGAGGGAAACGAAACAACGUUUAAUUCGAUUAAAUUAUUCUGACUCCAAAUCUGUCAAACUUGCCAAUUACCGUGAGUCAAGUAGCAAAGAUCACUAACCCUGAAAUAUUUUUCAUAGUUUAUGCGAAGGAUGUAAUAAUUAUUUGACUGUACAUUCAUAGGAUUUAAAACAGCCAUAUGUUAAUCUUCGGACAACCUGCGCUCCUAGCGGCCAAUCAGCAGCGGUGGCUGGAUUAUUAGCCCAUAAUUUCCUUUUAUCUAUUGUUCUUUUCAUUUAAAACAAUUGUACGAUAAAAGUGUUCAAUAAACAAAUUUCUCGAUCAUAGUACAAUCACUUUCAUCAUUAAUUUUCAUUCAUUUAAGUAACGGUCAUAAAAAUUGGUAUUUUAUCUAGAUAUUUAUAAAUCAAAUGAAUAUUUGAAGCUUGAAAUAUAUAAUAUAAAAUACGAAAGAACACGAACAAACUAUUAAUGAAAUAAAACAUGGGUCAAAAUAAACCCAGGCACAGCUGCUGGAAAGUUAAACUGCCAUCCAACAUUGCCUUUCGAGAUUGAGACAAAAGAUUAGUAUAGGAAUUAAUAGGGUAUCUUCCUUUUUGUAAUAUAC